AUGCGCGGCGCCCUGUCCCGCUCCUGGAGCCUGGAGAGCCUGCGCUCGGCCACCGCCGUCAUGCCGGAUGGAGCCCUGGACACAGUCGUCCGUGCUGAGGAGGCGGGCAGCGAGGAGGACCUGUAUGAGGACCUGCACGGGUCCAGCCACCACUACAGUCACCCUGGAGGGGGCGGUGAGCAGCUGGCCAUCAAUGAGCUCAUCAGCGAUGGCAGUGUGGUCUGUGCCGAAGCACUCUGGGACCAUGUCACCAUGGACGAUCAGGAACUGGGCUUCAAAGCCGGGGACGUCAUCGAAGUGAUGGACGCCACCAACAGAGAGUGGUGGUGGGGCCGCGUCGCCGAUGGCGAGGGCUGGUUUCCCGCCAGCUUCGUGCGGCUGCGGGUGAACCAGGAUGAGCCUGUGGACGACGAGGCCCCACGGGCUGGCACGGGUGGGGCGGAGGACGGCGGAACCGAGGCACAGAGCAGCAAGGACCAGAUGCGGACCAACGUCAUCAAUGAAAUCCUCAGCACAGAACGUGACUACAUCAAGCACCUGCGGGACAUCUGCGAGGGCUACAUCCGGCAGUGCCGCAAGCGCGCCGACAUGUUCAGCGAGGAGCAGCUGCGUACCAUCUUUGGCAACAUCGAGGACAUCUACCGGUGCCAGAAGGCAUUCGUCAAGGCCCUGGAGCAGAAGUUCAACCGGGAACGACCGCAUCUCAGUGAGCUGGGCGCCUGCUUCUUGGAGCAUCAAGCAGACUUCCAGAUCUACUCGGAGUACUGCAACAACCACCCCAACGCCUGUGUGGAGCUCUCCCGGCUCACCAAACUCAGCAAGUACGUGUACUUCUUCGAGGCCUGCCGGCUACUGCAAAAGAUGAUUGACAUCUCCCUCGAUGGCUUCCUGCUGACCCCGGUGCAGAAGAUCUGCAAGUAUCCCCUGCAGCUGGCUGAGCUGCUCAAGUACACACACCCCCAGCACAGGGAUUUCAAAGAUGUCGAAGCUGCCCUGCACGCCAUGAAGAAUGUAGCCCAGCUCAUUAACGAACGGAAACGGAGGCUGGAAAACAUUGACAAGAUUGCUCAGUGGCAGAGCUCCAUAGAGGACUGGGAGGGGGAAGAUCUCUUGGUCAGGAGCUCAGAACUCAUCUAUUCCGGGGAGCUGACCCGUGUAACACAGCCGCAAGCCAAGAGCCAGCAGAGAAUGUUUUUCCUCUUUGACCACCAGCUCAUCUACUGUAAGAAGGACCUGCUGCGCCGGGAUGUGCUGUACUACAAAGGCCGGCUGGACAUGGACAGCCUGGAGGUGGUAGACCUGGAGGAUGGGAAGGACCGAGACCUCCACGUGAGCAUCAAGAACGCCUUUCGGCUGCGCUGCAGCACCUCGGGGGACAGCCACCUGUUAUGUGCCAGGAAGCCUGAGCAGAAGCAGCGCUGGCUCAAGGCCUUUGCCAGGGAGAGGGAGCAGGUGCGACUGGACCACGAGACAGGCUUCUCCAUCACUGAGUUGCAGAGGAAGCAGGCCAUGCUGAAUGCCAGCAAGCAGCAGGCCACAGGGAAGCCCAAAGCUAUUGGCCGGCCCGGCUACCUGAUGCGCCAGAAGCACCCGGCACUGCCCGCCAGCCGGGCCCAGCAGCAGGUCUUGGUGCUGGCGGAGCCCAGACGGAAGCCAUCCACCUUCUGGCACAGCAUUAGCAGGCUGGCACCCUUCCGCAAGUGACCAGCGCCCACCUGACGGGACUCUGUGGACCUGUUCUUUGAGGCCCGCUCCAUCUGGCCCUCCAUGU